GCCCACGCGAGUCGAAAUGAAACCAUCUUACGCCCAACUCUUAUCCUUACUCUUCCACGGUCUCUCCACCGCGCUCCCCUUUACCGGGAAUGGACAUACACUAUCCCGGCGCGAUGGUCUUGAGAUUGUCAGCACAACCGCGCAUUCUGACGGCUCCGUGAUCGACUGGAUUCCGCUUCAUUCGCAAGUCGCGGGCGGGAAGAUCGCGUCCCCACCUCCGAUUCCACCGGACACGCCGUCUAUGGCCAAUCAGUCCACGCUCCAGCCAUACUCUAUGCUCCAAAGCCAAGGCGCAGAACAAGGACCCGAAGGCACGGUUCCCAUUCUACGACAGACUUCGAACACGGCGCUCGUCAAAGGCCCACCGGUUGACCCAGCGCAUAUGCCGGACUUGAACACGGAAGCUGCAGGCGACCACUGGUAUGCCUCUUCCGCGCAGGGAGUGAACAACCUCGGGGGAUCCGCAUCGUUUUCGCUCUACACGGCCUGGACGGAAGCGGGUUCGGACUUUUCGCUCUUGCAGAGUGCUGUGAUUCGGUAUAACGUCCCAAAGCCUGGCGACAACUCACAGUUGGUUGCACAGACUGUAGAGGCCGGAUGGAUAAACUACCCCGACCAGAUCGCCCCGCCGCACCUCUUCACCUACUUCACAACCGACGGCUACUCCUCCAACGCCGACAAUAAAGGAGGGUGGAACCGCGACGUAGCCGGCUGGGUCCAAUACGAUUCCCAGAUCUUCCCAGGCACCACCUUUUCCCCACUCUCAACCCGCGGCGGCGCGCAAUACGACAUCCAAAUCAAGUGGCUUCUCUACAGUGGAAACUGGUGGCUUUUCGUGCUCGACCGCUGGAUCGGAUACUAUCCUGCGUCGCUCUUCGGCGCCGGUACUGAUUCCAGCAAGUCCCUCCAGACCCAGUCGAGCCAGAUCAACUUUUACGGCGAGAUCUACGAUAGCCAUCCGCAGCUAACCAAGACGGAUAUGGGGUCCGGCGACUGGCCCGAAGCAGGGUGGCAGCAGAGCGCGUACAUCCGGAACAUGGUAUAUACCGAUCCCAGUGGGAAUGACCAGCUAUACGACGGGAGUCGCGGGAUUAUUGUAAGUGAUACGAAUCGGUAUCGCAUGGAUGCGGAGUUUGGGAGCCAGACGACUUGGGGGAGCUAUAUGUAUCUUGGUGGACCGGGAGCUGGGGGGGUUAUCGCAGGCUAGAAUUAUGACUAUUGUGAGAGGUUCUGGAGCAGA